ACUGUACAAGUCGUCCACAGCAUUCCAAUAAGCGAUCAUGGCUGGUUCUGAAGUCGAAAAUGCUCGGCGUUUUCUCAAAUUCUACCAAACAGGACAGAUAGUAAAGAACUUUCCUGACGCUCGAAGGGGAGAGAUGGGACAGAUCAUUGCGAGAGUAGGACUUUUUGGGUUGACAGGUUCGGGGAAAAGCUCGUUUAUAAACACAGUGUCGAGAUGCAUUGAGGGGAAGGACAUGGACUUAGCAAUGGUACAGAGCAGCGGCGCAGAAGGAACGGUCAUCUUGGAGGAAUUUGGCUUUGGAGGAGAAGGGACGAAUAAACCUGGCUUCAAACUUACGGACACCCGAGGGUUUGGUGUCUUGGGUGAGGAUGCAAACAAGGAAAUGCUGGCCAUCCUGAAUGGGGAUAUAAGAGAUGGUCAAUUCAUAGAUCGAGGAGAAAUGAGAGAGAUGGCAGGCCAUGACUACAGGCUGAGCAGAGAAAUACAUGUGGUGCUGUGGUUUCUAAAAGGGAGUGACCCCCGUCUGAAAAGUGGAGCUUAUCAGAGCCACAUGGAAUUUCUUAGAAUGCAGCUCUUCAAGAGAGCUAUGAAGACAUUGACAAUCAUUACUCAUGAUGAUGAACUUCAGAGGAAGGGCUGUACAGAACAAAAAAGACAGAACAUAGCUGAACUUGCAAGACAGAUCACGGGGAGUGAUCCAGACCAGACCUACUUCCUAACAAAUUACAUGAAGGGGAAACCGUUCGCUACUGAGAACAUACAACAGGUUCUCGAUAUAGUGAAGACAGCUCUCCGUGCAGCAGAAUAUACAAUUAGAAUGAGACAAAGCAAACGGGAACUACAUGAAAGGGUGGAGAACUUGGCACUUUAGUUGUCAAUCCAAAAUAGAUCAGCACUAGACUGUGUUCAAUGUGCAUCAUUUACAGUGUAACUUUCUCUCUUUGUAACCGGGAGGUCGUGAGUUCUAUCCCCGGCCGGGUCAUACCAAAGACUUUAAAAAAAUGGUACACACUUCUUUCUCUGCUUAGCACUCAGCACAUAUGAGAAAAAGUGUGGGAAGGUCAAACACACAGCACUACCAGCGGACCAGCCUCUUGCUGUAGUGCAUUGCACAACUGUGUGUCGCCCAAGGGCUACAGAGAUGGAUAUGGGCACCACCCUACGCUCUGCAUAAGGGCACGGGAGACCUUCUUUCUAGGCUAAUGUAGAAUGCAAAAUAGGUCAGGCUCAAUAGGCGGUACAGUGGUUUUAGCUGGCAAAUAUCACUUCAAUAUAUACCUCUUGAUGUAGCAUUGCUUAGCUCACGUGAGUAUAGAUGACAUCGUUGUUGAAAAUGGUCAGAGUAUGCUGAUCGUAUCCUGCUUACUAUUGUGACACUGAGAACAGCCCUAACGAGGUGUCAAAUUUGCGAUGUGCCAUGUACAUGAACUACUGGUAAAUUUGGAAAAUUAUAUCUAUUAAAUCUAUUA